GGGCUCAGAUCCAGCCUCUACAAGGGAAGCUCUCAGCUUGCACUGCAGCUUUUUUAGGUGGGGUCGCUCCACGUUGAGACGCCAGGUCACCGUCUCUGCACCUGAGGCUGAUGUGGAGUAUUUCCUGCGUGGCAAAGGGUUCUUCUUGCACCUCUGCGGCUCCAUUUUUCCAUAGAGCUAUAUCUCAUGGGGCUGUCCGGUUUCUAUGGGGCUGUGGGGUGAAAGUCCACAGCUGCACAGGUUGAGCCAUUGCCGGCUUUGGCCACGUGCUGCCUGGAUGCGCUCCUGCCCCACUGACCUCACCCUCACCCCCCCGGCUGCUCUGGGCCACACAGCCCUGCCCCAGCAGAGAAAGCCAGAGGAGACUCGAGCAAGAACCCCUCUUGACACUAAGAUGUGGGGCGAGGUGGACACACUCGAAGGGGGAGAGAGGCUGCAACUAGAUUUAGACAGAAUACAAAAGUGGGCAGAUGAGAAUAGGAUGGGGUUCAACGUCGAUAAAUGCAGGGCGCUGCACCUUGGGAGAAGGAACCCACAGCAUACAUACAGGCUGGGGAGCUCCCCUCUUGAAAGCACAGAGGCGGAAAGGGAUCUUGGAGUCAUUAUUGACUCCAAAAUGAACAUGAGCCGCCAAUGCCAGACCGCAGCCAGCAAGGCCAGCCAGACCUUGUCAUGCAUCCAAAGGUGCAUCUCAAGCCGGUCCAGAGAGGUGAUCCUCCCCCUCUGUGCGACUUUGGUCAGGCCGCAGUUGGAGUACUGCGUCCAGUACUGGGCGCCGCACUUCAAAAGGGAUGUGGCCAGCCUGGAGAGGGUCCAGAGGAGGGUCACCCGCUUGGUGAGAGGGCAGCAGGACAGGCCCUACGAAGAGAGACUGAGGGACCUGAACCUGUUCAGCCUCAGCAAGUGGAGGCUGAGGGGGGACCUGGUGGCUGCCUACAAACUCAUCAGGGGAGAUCAUCAGCAAAUAGGCAGAGCCCUUUUCUCCCCAGCACCACCUGGGGUGACGAGGAACAAUGGUCAUAAGCUGAUGGAGAAUAGGUUUAGGUUGGAGAUCAGAAGGCAAUAUUUUACAGUUAGGGUGGCCAAAAUCUGGAACCAACUUCCCAGGGAAGUGGUCCUCGCCCCUACCUUGGGCAAAUUCAAGAGGAGGUUGGACGAUCACCUGUCUGGGGUCUUGUGAACCCAGCAUUCAUUCCUGCCUGUGGCAGGGGAUCAGGCUAGAUGAUCUGUUCAGAUCCCUCCUGCCCCUAGCUGCUAUGAAACUAUGAAACCCAGUGAUCCCAGCUGGUGUUGCAAACAGAGCUAUGGGGGGAGCAUCGCUGGACAGGAGCUGGAAGCCUGCAAUUAACUCCUCAUGGGCUCCAUGCCCAGGUGAACAGCCCCAGCAUACAGCACAGAACUUAAUACAAGCCAUAUGACGAAGGGCUCUGAGAAGUCCCAGUAACAUUGUCCAUAAGACCAAUGAAGGCCAUACAAGGUUAUAAAACCUGUGAAAGGCCCUCAGGAACUUAGCACUGACUUACAGGGGGUGAGUAUUGAAUACCUCCCACCCAUCUGGGCCUGAGCCAGGGUGACCUAUUUAAGAAGCUGCAGUGGGUAGCAACAGGGCUAUGAAUCAAAGCUCCCAAACUUUUCCUUGGAAUUGUGUUUGCAUUUGGCAGAUGUCUUGGACCAGGGCUGCCCAAGGGAAGCUCUGUGGUGGUCAGCAGCUUGGUGACAGCCACUUGGAAACAGAGACAGGUCCAGGUAGCACCUGCUAGACCCCUAUUCAGCAGAGAGCUAAAGGAAGCCCUGGUUAGGUGUCUUGGCUCCUGUGUGGCUCCUGUCACCAGGCAGAGGGUGGGGGAGCGAUAUUGUUUCUGCAAAUCAGCAGAUUGACUUACCAAGAUGUUUAGUGAGGUGCCUGGUUCCAGAGCCAGGAGCUAGGGAGGAGCUCCUGACACCGCUCCCAGGCUGAAGUUCCCAAAUGAAGACAGGACAGCAGGGGCGGAGGCUCCAACAUAAAAUCUGAGCCAGAAGCCAUAUCCAGGCAUCACCCAGCUCUGCAUGUGUGCACGGAGCUGCGUGCAGGUGCACCAAGACCACAACUCAGCACAUCUGCACUGGAGGUGGGGUCCCAGGGCAGAUCCCGAGGGAGUCUGAGUGUGAGUCUCUGACUUUUGGCAUGCCCUAACAUCGCCUUACUUGCCUUUCCAUGCAGAAAUGCCACCAUCUGUGUCUCUCUCCAGAGACCUGUCCUGGUCAGCUUGGGACACUGGGGUUGAAUUCCUGAGGGAGAGGGGAUUUUCCUCCCUGCCUAAGUGACAAUAGCCUGGUGCCGAGGGUGGCGUCCCUCUGUUCACCUGAGUGGGGGAGGGAAAAGCCCCUGCUCCUCUGCCCAGGGAACCAGUGAUGCUUUUUAAAUUGGUUGGCUAGUUGCCAACACUGCUGGCUUCUAUUGGACUGGGCUGCUGAGGUCAGAAAGGCUAGAUAAGAGCUGGUCCAAGAAGAAGGAGAAGAGAAGCCAUUUUUCCAGCAUGGCACAAGCAUCAGGACACAGGGAGAGAGUCUGAUCCAACUGAAACGUACUCUCCCUGGAAAUCUCCGAGCCAGAUCUCUAUCAUCUUCUGGAUGAUACUCUGACUUUUCAUCAAAGGGCACAACACCCCAUCAGAUGUCAGCAACUGGGGAUUUUGACCAGACUGUGCCAUGGUUGCUGCUGGGACUGACACCGGAGGGUCCUGGCUAGAGGGUCUUGUCGCUCGGCUCAGGGUCAAACCAACACUGCAUUGGGGUCAGACACACCAACUGCUGAAGCUUCCUUAGCCUGACGAAGGGUUUUUGAACCCGAAAGCUUGUUUAAUAACUAUUCUCCAACCAUUUGGGUUGGUCUAAUAAAAGAUAUCAAAUUCACCCAA